UUCCAUUUCUUCUCCCUCUAUCUGUAUAAAUCCUCUUUGACUAGGCAACCUCAUGAACGAACGAUGACGCACAUAGCUUGUGCGGCUGCCGAGGGCAGUCAUCAUUUCGUCUCGAUAGAGUUCACAUCACACGCUCCGUGUAAGCCACAAAACCAGUAAAAAGACAAUUUAAGCAAAGACUUUAACUCCAAACCUGCUAAACUUAUAUUGGUGGCAGCGGUUACAAAGCGAUUACAAAGCGAUUACAAAGCGAUUACAAAGGAUUUAUCAUAAAAUAAUACUGGCCUACACAAAGUGCCUCAAAUUCCGUGGUGACUCCGUUGGCAACGACUCAGUGAACCAGUGUGAACUCAAGCACAACCUCUCUACAAUUACGGGAUUACUACACUCCCUAUGAGACGACUACAAGCCCCAUAGCUCGUACUUGCACCUACAAAAGAGGUCACCACCUACAUUGAAUCACCAAAACAACAAUCUGUGCCACCACUCAGCAAACGUCCGUAACAAGUCUACCCAAAAAUCCCACCUCAAUUAACGGGAUUAACCCCUGCCGAACUCCCCCAACCCUGUAUCUUCACAGUCACAAGAGGAGGAAGAGGAAGCUAUAUUCGUAGUGACAAGGUAGUAGCCGCGGCCAGGCAGCUCAAGUCCAGAGCGUCAGCAGUCUGCGUCAGCGUGCCGUCAAUCAAAAGAUCGGCAACACCCACCCCCGGCUAGUGGAACACGCCGCACAAUUUUGCUUGUGCCGGAGAGCAGAGAGAAGUGAGUUAACCCACAUCUCCUGCGUCCCAGUCUCCCCCCUCACCAUACAUCAGCCAUUCCAUCAUGCUCUGGUCUCCUUACAAAUGCAUCGGACACAGCUAAGUGACUCCCCCGUCUAACUCCCCAUGUCCCAGGAUCGAAAAUUGGAAGAGGCUCUAUCCUCUGCCUUCAGCGGUUUAACGAUUGGUACUCCCCAUCACACAGUCCUCCGUUCAGGAGCUGCUUAUCCAAAACCUAUUCCCCCAGCACCCCCAUUACCCCCUGCAAAGAAGCUCCCCUCAGACUUUUCACCAGAGCUUUCCCAGACUACUUCUUCCCAGACAGAACAGCACCAAAGUGACCCAACCAUGAGUGACAAACCUCAAAACGUCAUUUUAAGGGGCGAGGAUAAAAAUCCAAAAUAUACGGGCUCAGAGGAGACCGGCCCCGACCUCCUAACUCACCUGCAGAGGGUAGAGGAUGCUUUUACCAAAUUCCAAUAUACAAAUGAAAGGGAGAAAUUGGCCCACCUUUACGACAGCAUCCACACGGGCCCUUGUCGGGCUCAAUCCAUUAUAAAAAGUGACGCAUUCAAGAAAGCCAAAACAUAUGAUGAAGCGAAAGCAAAUCUCAUCAGCCAUUUCGGCUCCACAUGCAAACAGGGUGCCCUGUCAGUCUUGUUCCGCCUAGCGGCUACCUACCGUCCCAAAAUAAAGGCUAAUAUUGCAGUGGACGACUGUUUAGGCGUCGCGGGUGGAGCCUUCACAGAGUUUGAAACCCAAUUCCGUCACUCCCCGUGGACUACCGAUGAGACAAUGAACCUUGAGGAUGUGUGCCGCCUUUUCUCAUACUUUAUCUUUCUCCUCAAUUGCACGGAGACACUCUUCAAAGAGUUACAAAAGGAAGAACCCCUACCAAAAGGUAGAACCCUUUUCAAACACAUCAGUCCCCUGUCGGGACGAGAGCCACCAACAGAACCCACAUCCUCAGCGGUGAGAGGUGUCAGAAUUCAGAGGGGGCGUCCCCAAAGUCGCUCCCCGGCCGGAGCUCAGACCCCUAGGAACCGCUCUGCCACACCCCGCGGCCGCCGCCCUUACAAUAGAGGCAGGGGUCGCGGGCGUGGCUAUAACACUCAAUAUUGUUACAACUGCAGAAUCACAGGACACCAUACACGUAAUUGCUGGUACGGCAGCAACACCCAACAGUCAAGUCAAUAUUGUUCCUACCAUAAGACAUCAGGCCAUAACACCAAGGAUUGCCGCGCGAGGCCCCGGGGAGGUACCUCGUCGGGGGAAGCCUCGCGCGCCACGUCUCCCGCAAUAACAUAGGCUCAGGUACAAAAUCACACCAGGUGUGUGGUAUUCAUACAACACCCCCAACCCGCACACCUUUAAAUAAACCAAGUACAUCCACAGCUCAUUUUGACAUUGAAACCCAACCUACGGAUGUUGAAACCACUACCAUGAAACACCAUCGCAUCGCUCUUUAUCCCCAAUCCUCCCUUGCCAUGACUGUCCCUGCUCAGUGUAAUGGUCACCAAAUUAGUGUUUUCAUGGACACAGGGGCAUGUCCCAAUAUCAUAAACAUCGGAACAUUGCGUGCCUUACAUGACGCAAAGACAACCUUGGUAUUGGAACCUCCCUGCCUACAAUUAAGUGGACUAGAUGACACAGCAUUUAAAGUAGUUGGACACACCCCCUUGUCUAUCCAGUUGGCUAACUCCCUGUCCCCGAUUACAGCCACCUUUCAUGUGUGUCAUGGUUUGAAUAUCCCAGGUGAUAUUCUUUUGGGUCUUCAAUCUAUGCGGGAACACUGCUUGUCCCUAGCUCCAGCAGAAGAUUGUGUUUACCAACAUGAAACACCAAUUAGGACACUCACGGCCCCAAAGCCAUUAUUGUGCACUUCUCCCUCCGCCGAUGGAGAAUAUACUCAUCUUUCUAGCGUGGCCCAGCGGUCACUGGUUGAUACUUCAUCUCCAGCAGUGCAUGUUAUUAAGGAACAAAGUGCAUCAUCCUCCAAUACAUUACCUCCCUCUCCCUCUUCUUCCUCUUCGCAAGAGCAUUUGAGGGUCCACGGCGUUCUGGCGACUGACGUCACGUUAGAAGGCCGUGGAUCAGCUAUGCUUCAAAUGCGUCUUGCUGGUAUAAGUGAUGAAUGUGAGGCUAUCUGUAUGAGUGAGAGCUUGAAGA